AUGAAAACUGCGUCUCAUCCGGUUUUGUGGGCUUUACCACCGAACGAGGCGGUGACUCUCGACGAUAUAUUGAUUUAUCUAGGCGAAUUUGGCAUCUAUCAAAACUACCUUAUCGUCAUGCUAAUGUCCUCCUGCUUUUUUAUCGCGUUCAUCUAUCUCGCGCAAGCGUUUCUCGUCGUGGUACCGACGGAAUUUUGGUGCAAACUUCCGCAAGUGAAAGACCUUACCGCCGAACAAUUGAGGGAUUUCAUGAUACCUAGCGCGAAAAUGGUCCCUUACGAAGGUCAUCAUUUAGCGUAUUCCCGAUGUUGGGUAUACGAUAUAGCAGUGGAAAAAGCGAUCGCUGCACGUCAGCCGGAUGCAAAUUGGCCGGUGAAGAAAUGUAACGAAUGGGAAUUUAAAUUGUCCGCUUCUGACGUGCCUUACAUAUCCGUAGCCGCAGAACAGAAAUGGGUAUGCGACGAAAGCUACAAAGCGACACUAGCACAGAGUAUCUUUUUUAUGGGUUCGAUUGUUGGAGGCAUAAUAUUUGGUUGGCUAGCUGACAAAUACGGAAGAGUUCCGACCUUAAUUGCAACCAAUGUUUUUGCGUUUGUCGGUGGCAUUUGUACCAUAUACAUAACCAAAUUCUGGGAAUUCUGCAUCUGUAGAUUCAUCGUUGGUGUGGCCUAUGACAACAGUUUCGUGAUGGCCUAUAUACUAGUAUUGGAAUACAUGGGCCCCAGAUGGAGAACUUUUAUCGGUCACAUGUCCUAUGGAAUAUUCUAUACUAUUGGCACGAUGACUAUACCAUGGAUAGCUUAUGGGGUCGCCAAUUGGCAAACUUUUUCUCUGAUCACGACCGUUCCAAUAUGUGCUGUUAUAGCCGCACCUUUCGUUCUUCCUGAGAGCGUCAGGUGGUUAAUUGGAAAGGGACAUAUCGAGAAAGCUAUGAAGAUCAUCUCGAAGAUCGAGAAAGUAAAUAAUCGCACGAUACCUAACGAUGUAUAUAACGAAUUUUUGGAAGAUUGCGGGAGAACUGCGGAAACCUUGGCUAUGGAGGAACACACCAUUCUCGAUUUAUUUAAAACAAAACGUUUAAGAAGAAUCACGCUGCUAUUAACUGCGGUAUGGGGCGUCAUUCAAAUGGCCUACGAUGGUCACAUAAGAUGCUUGGACCGUCUCGGCAUGAAUAUAUUCACUACAUUUACCAUAGCAUCCGCGACCGAAUUCCCAGCCGAGAUAGUAAUCGUCUACACUCUCGACGUGUUUGGUCGAAGAUGGACGUUGUUCGUCGCGGUGAUACUCUCCGGAUUGUUCAGCCUACUCGCAUCCAGCGUCUCGAUAGGGAUCGUCUUCGUCUCUUUCGCGAUUUGUGGCAGACUCUUUAUCAAUAUCGCCUCGAACAUCGCGAUGCAAUACGCGGCUGAAUUACUACCGACGGUGAUACGAGGCGAGGGCGUGGCGUUCAUACACAUGACAGGAUACGUUACUUCCAUCUGCAGCCCCUUCAUCGCCUUCUCCAGCGAAUUCAUGUACAAUCUGCCGAUGAUCAUCCUUGGCACGUGCUGUAUAUUUGCUGGAUCUCUCAGUCUCUUCCUUCCUGAAACACUGAUGGAACAACUACCCCAAACGAUGAUGGACGGAGAGUUAUUCGGAAUCGAUCAGACUUUCUGGGAAACGCCAUUGACGAAGAAGAAACCACCGGAACCAAUGGUACAUCACCUGCACGCCAAACGUCCGGUAAAACGACCGGCCAUACUGCGCAGCAGUAUGAUUUCCGGUUACAUUGGCAAUGUGAGACGACACACUCUAAUGCAACGAAGAGUCCGAGCACUCCAGAGACACUAAAACACCCUACAUUUUCGACCAAAAGAGAUACGUUAUUACUGUUAUUAUCUUCACCCUUUCGUUCCUGUCGACGCGGCCAAAGUGGAACUACGAAAUAAAUAGUGUAAUAAUAGAAAAAAAGAAGAAAUAGAUAAUAGAAUCGUAAAGUGUCACUUUGAUCAGAAGCUGAUCUUGUAAAAAUCGUAAUUUAUAAGUUUAUUUGUCGUGUAACAGGGAGAAAAAAGUAUACACAGAUUGUGACUGUUAAAUAAUUUAGGAAUAAAAGAGUUAAUGUAAUUGGAUCAAAGACUGAAGAUCAAAUGACAAAGAGGAUUUAUUAUUAAUCAUUAUUUAAAUAACAAAAAAUAAGGUAUAUAAUUGGACGAAUGGAUCAGCUUGUAUAAUUAUAUUUAUACAGUAGAUAAAAAGAUAUUGUUCAAUUUAGACGAAUUAAUUCUUUAAAAAGAUAUGAUGUUAUUUAUGUAAAGAGAAUAGGAAGAUUCACCUGUACAAAAGGUCAGUUUUUUGUUUUUUGAAUAAACGAAUAAACUUCGAGAUGA